AUGUUUGGAAUUAAUACGAUCAGACUUGUCAAGGUCAAACCAAUAAGACUACUACAAUUCAAUCGUUCUGUCAAGACUUUAACUAUGGACUGGAAACCAAUGAAGGCGGUGCCAGGGAAUUUGCGUACUUUGGAGCAUCAAUCGAAAAUGCCAACAAUACGUCGUGUACUUUUAGGACUAAUGUACGCCAUGCCCAUAAUCUCCUUUGCAUUGGGAUGUUGGCAAGUGCACAGACUACAAUGGAAGACUGAUUUAAUUGCAAAGUGUGAAAACAAUCUUGCUGCUCCAGUGAUUCCGGAAUUACCACCAAAUUUGGAUCCGUCAGUUAUAACAGACUUUGAAUAUCGAAGAUUUAAAUGCAAAGGCCAUUUUGAUUAUGACAGGGAAAUGUUUUUAGGUCCACGAUUGAGAGAUGGGGAAUUAGGGUAUCUUGUUAUAACACCAUUUAUCCGAAAGAGUGGAGGAGACCCAAUUUUAAUUGAAAGAGGAUGGAUUCUGAAAAAUAAAGUUGUCCCCAGUAGUAGAUCAUCGGGAUAUUUGUCACAUUUGGCCAGACCACAAGGUGAAAUAGAAAUAGAAGCAUUGUUCCGAGUCAUGCCAAAGAAGUCGUUUUUGCAGUUGGAACACGAACAAGGCUCGAGAGUAUUCCAUGUCCCUGAUGUUCCUGCUAUGGCCAAACAAAGUGGAUCUUUACCAAUUUAUUGUCAAAUGAUAUAUGACUUACACGAUCACAUUGAUUGGAGGAAAGAUGAAAAUGGCCAACAGCAAAGGUCGUCGGUUAUUGGCAGUUUAUUUUUUUCAAAAAAGAAAGAUUCAGAUGCAUCUUUUAUUGCAACAAAUGCCGACAAGGAUGAGACAUUGCAGUUUCAAGAAUUUGAGUUUGUAAACGAAGGUGUUCCAAUCGCCCCCAAACCUUUCAUUAAGUUUUCCAAUAACCACUUACAAUAUUUGAUUACUUGGUUUGGUUUAUCAAUUGGUAGUACUGCUUUGUUACUUUUUUCGAUUUACAGGACUAAACAGUUUGCCACUGCCGAACAAUUAUUAGCAGCCAAAAGAAAAGACAUGCAAAAGAAAGCCUAA